CUUAAAUAUUACACACGCCUUUAGGGGGAAGGAAAGAAGAGGCUGCAAACAGGCUGACGUCUCGUAGACUUGUUUUCCUUUAACUCUUCAUGGCUUCCUAACUUUUGGUGGAAUUACCCCGAAGCGGCUGUCAUGGUUGUUGUUUUUAAUUUUUACUUCUGAUGGGCGUUUCGACUGGAAAAAACAAAGUUCAUGUUGUUCACCGACUGCCCCUCCUCGUGAUUUGUUGCAUUUUCACUGGCAACUUUCUUCUUUCUUUUUUGUCCGCUGAUGUGAUUCUCCUUCUUUGUAUUUUUUUUUUUUUUGUGUGUGUGAGUCAAAGGCAGGAUUACGUUUGUCCACUUUUGCAAACUCGGGAUUUUUCAACAUGCUGGCGAGCACAACACUUUACGCCGUCAAGAAACGGAAGAAGCCGCAGCAAAAAAUACCCAAACUUCCACCAGCCCUGGGUGCCAAGUCCAACCCAUCUAAACGACACCGUGACCGUCUUAAUGACGAGUUGGAAAAGUUGACUAGUCUGCUGCCCUUCACCAAGGAAGUCCGGGCUCGUCUGGACAAGUUGUCAGUGCUCCGGCUCAGCGUGGCUUACCUGAAGGUCAAGAGCUUCUUUAAUGCCACCCUCAAGAAUGGACCGAAUAGGUCAAGCCUGCUCAGCCAUCACAGCCUCAUGGGGGAGGAAGAAGUCCAGAGCACGUCCACGCCGACCACCGCCCUGGUGACCUCCAUUGAUGGGAUUCGCUUCUCAGAGGGAGACCUGCUCCUCCAGGCGCUGAAUAGCUUUGUGUUGGUGGUGACCUCUGAAGGUUACGUCUUCUACACAUCGCCCACAAUCCAGGACUUUCUGGGUUUCCACCAGUCUGAUGUCAUCCAUCAGAGUGUAUUCGAGUUGAUACACGCGGACGAUCGAGCACUUUUCAGGCAGGAACUUCACUUCGCUUUCAACCCUCAUUCCAGCCAGCCAGAUGGCACCACGGAGGCCAGCAGUGAACAGAGCAGCAGCCAAGUCACCGCCAACCUGAUGACCUACGACCCUCAGGCUAUUCCUCCAGAAAACUCGUCUUUCCUAGAAAGAAACUUCUGCUGCCGGUUCCGAUGCCUGCUGGACAACUCAUCUGGCUUCUUGGUCCUAAACUUCCAUGGCCGCCUGAAACUCCUCCAUGGUCAGAACCACAAGGUUACGUCCAACAAUGGCACUCAGGUUCCUCCACAGCUUGCUCUGUUUGCCAUCGCUACGCCCCUGCAGCCGCCGACUAUUUUGGAGAUCCGCUCCAAGACGCUCAUUUUCCAGAGCAAGCACAAGCUGGACUUCUCGCCGAUCGGCAUCGACACCAGAGGAACGGUGGUUCUGGGUUACAGUGAUGCAGAGCUCCGCAGGAAGGUUUCAGGCUACAGCUUCAUCCACGCUGCAGACAUGAUGUACUGUGCCGACAACCACUUCACCAUGAUGAAAACCGGACAGGUGAAGUCCGUCUUCCGACUGCUGACUAAAAAGAGAAAGUGGGUUUGGGUCGAAGCCAAUGCCAGGCUUGUCCUGAAGGAAGGCAAGCCAGAUUUUAUUGUGGUCCAGCAGAGACCUUUAUCCAACGAAGAAGGAGAGGAAAACCUGCGUCUCCGUCGGCUGGAGCUGUCGUUCAGUUUCGCCACUGGUGAGGCACUGUUGUACGAUUUGGCGCCAACCUUGGACAUGCCCGACCCUUGUCCCGUCCCAAAGCAGAGGAAGGUGGACCAGCACUCUGUCAGGGCCACUUCGAUUCUUGGCUGCAUGCUAGACCAGGACCAGUCCAUGUACUGCAAGCACAACUUUGCCAAGAAUGUCAACUACAUAAACGAUAUAGCCUUUCAAGACACACAUGCCACAGUCAGCGUUGCUGGAGACGUCUGGCAGCCCACUUCUGCCAAACCUUCCAUUGAAAGCCUGGUGAAGUCCGAGAGCACCAUCCAGGACAUGAUGGAGACUCUGCAGGAGAUUUUGGGUGACGGUAACCUUUUAGAUACAGUGAACGUGAAACCUGAAGAGCUAAAAAGCUGGGAAAGCACUGUGCUUAAGGUUAAGAAUAACAGCUGCGAAAUGAGUGCCAACCUUAAUGAACUCAUUAGUGAGGUCAUCCUUUUGUAUGUGGAGGAGCAGCUACAAAAAGAAGGUGGGCUGAUGUUGCCAGACCAGCUCGAUGAUGUUUCCCCAAUCUUGAACGUCCAGAACCAGGGUCCUGCUGACCCAAACACGGGACAAAACUUCAGCUGGCUUUUAGACCCUCAUAGUCAGUUAUCUAGUGGGGGACAGAUGAUGCCUGAACAGCCAUGUACUGUUUUGGGGACAAGUUUGUCUGGUCUCAAUAGUCCAGUAAUGGGCCAAAUUCUCUCAAAGCAAGAACCGUCCCGUCCUACUUGCCUUCAAGAUUCCACAGGUGGACUCCCACCGAGCUUUUUACCGUCUCUGGGAGCCUCUUUUGCCGAGACACCGAAGACAUUGAGGACCAUAAAGGCGAGUUUCAAAGACAGCAACAUAUUGUCGCUCAGACAACCCAAUCAUCUAACCGACCAAAUUGCUCAACCAAUGCAGAACUGCCAUGGGCGGAUGGUGCCUAACCUUCCUGCUGACCCCUGUGAUCCAAUACAGCCUGCGUUCAGCUUCCAGAACACCCAGUGGAGCUCCAACCAUGCAGACGCUUUUUUGGAAAGGCAAACUCAACAAGUUUCUAGUGGACCAGUCAAAGCAUCCUCACAUCGAACUCACAUCGAGCAUCCAGUUCAUGGCGGACAAUACCAGAGACAUUCUUGGCAGCAACAGCACCAACUAGAACCACAGCAUAUUCCAAAUGGACAAAUGAGCCUUGACCAAUUGUCAGGAUUUCAGACAAAUCCAGGGUUUGCCGUGACCCAGAACACUGCCCUACCCGGACCAACGUUUAGGAAUCCAUUUAGUACUGUUGAGCAUGGGGUGGGGCUGGCACCUGUUGCAGUUCCAAGCAGUUGUAUGUUAAUUAACAAUCCUCCCAUUCUACCUGUCAAUGGCGGACACGCCAGCGAGAUGCUCGCUUACCAAAAAUUGAAACACGUCAGCAACCACAUCCCAGACAGCAACUCCUGCUUCAAUCAGGGUGAAGGCGAGUCCUUGUCCUGUCCAGACAUGGCAAAGCUUCCUUGCCAAAUGACCUGGGCAUCCCGCUCAUGCAACAACAGUACCUGAAUUUCAGUGACCAGCUCAACAACCACUCAGUUGUUGAGGCUUUUCCUCACUGCCAAACAGGAAGUCCUGCUUCUCAGAGAAAAAAACAGGAAACAGCUUUGACUUUUGGGCUGAUCUAACAUGGACCGACAGACAAAUGUCUCUAAAACAAAGUGUGCUUGACUGUCUCUCAGUCGUCCUCGGACGAACUUCCAUCGGAGUCUCCAAUCAUUCUGGUUCGUAGAGCUUUCUGCUCCCGCAUCUUUCUUCAGGAUGUCCAUGUACGUGAGCGCAGGACUUCCUCGCGAUCGAUGCCCGUGCGUUGGUUCCCUUAGGACCAGCCUGCUGGCCGGGAGCUCCCAAAGUCUUUGGCAGUGGCCGGCCAGCCUCAUCCUCCUAGCUGUUACCUUCUUGCUGAGCCUCGGCAGUUGCCCCCACAGGUCUUUGUUGGUGAUGUGGAUGUUCUGGUCCACAUUCAGAACAGCUCAUAUCAUUCUGGUGUAGCACCCAUCUAGAGACUUCCCCAGGGUGGGUGUCAGGGUCCAGCUUUCGCAGCCAUUCAGGAGGACAGAGUCCACAGUGGCGUGGAAUAGACUCAGGGGGAGAUAUGAGCAUCACACUCUUGAUAACCAUUCAGGAUUUCCACGCUAGUGCCUUCCUGACCUUAAGGUCCUGUUCUGUGGAGUUCAUCCAGGAACCCAAGUACUUGAAGUCAUUGACCUCUCGCAGAGCGUUGCCAUCUGAUGUUGUUAUUGACAGGUGGUCCAUGUGUAGGUUAUCGGGGAUUACCUCAGUCUUCUUUGCGUUUAGUCUGAGGCCAACUCUGGCACAUUCUUGGAGAACAGAAUUGGGCGUCUAUGGUUCUUGAAAAGCUAAUGGUUGCCUAAAUGUUCCCGAUAAACGAGUAAGACAUGAAAGGUCACCUGUUCGCAGUUUAAUUUAGGUCUUGAAACAUGGAAUGAUGGAAGUUGUGCAUCAGGGUGGUUGGAUUUGACCAAAGAAAUAAAUAAUAAAGAUCGGUUCAAUUUAAAGACAGCCAGCAAGCCCGGCGGACAAACUUUAGGGCUCAUGAUCAAUCAAUCAAUCAAUCAAUCAAUCAAUCAAUCAAUGUUUAUUUAUAUAGCCCUAAAUCACAAGUGUCUCAAAGGGCUGCACAAGCCACAACGACAUUCUCUGUUCAGAUCCCACAGCAGGGGAAGGAAAAACUCAACCCAAUGGGACAAUGAAAAACCUUGGAGAGAACUGCAGAUGUGGGGACCUCCCCCCUAAGGCGACCGCUGCAAUGGACGUCGAGUGGAUCUUGCAUAAUAUUGUGAGAGUCCAGUCCGUAGUGGAUCCAACCUAAUAGUGUGAGAGUCCAGUCCAUAGUGGAUCACGCAUAAUAUUGUGAGAGUCCAGUCCAUAGUGGAUCCAACAUAAUAGUGAGAGUCUAGUCCAUAGUGGAUCUAACAUAAUAGUGAGAGUUCGGUCUAUAGUGGAUCAAACAUAAUAGUGAGAGUCCAGUCCAUAGUGGAUCCAACAUAAUAGUGAGAGUCUAGUCCAUAGUGGAUCUAACAUAAUAGUGAGAGUUCGGUCUAUAGUGGAUCAAACAUAAUAGUGAGAGUCCAGUCCAUAGUGGAUCUAACAUAAUAGUGAUAGUCCAGUCCAUAGUGGAUCUAACAUAAUAGUGAGAGUCCAGUCCAUAGUGGAUCUAACGUAAUAGUGAGAGUCCAGUCCAUAGUGGAUCUAACAUAAUAGUGAUAGUCCAGUCCGUAGUGGAUCUAACUUAAUAGUGAGAGUCCAGUCCAUAGUGGAUCUAACGUAAUAGUGAGAGUCCAGUCCAUAGUGGAUCUAACAUAAUAGUGAGAGUUCAGUCCAUAGUGGAUCUAACAUAAUAGUGAGAGUCCAGUCCAUAGUGGAUCUAACAUAAUAGUGAGAGUCCAGUCCAUAGUGGAUCUAACAUAAUAGUGAGAGUCCAGUCCAUAGUGGAUCUAACAUAAUAGUGUGAGAGUCCAGUCCAUAGUGGAUCUAACAUAAUAGUGAGAGUCCAGUCCAUAGUGGAUCUAACAUAAUAGUGAUAGUCCAGUCCGUAGUGGAUCUAACAUAAUAGUGAGAGUCCAGUCCAUAGUGGAUCUAACGUAAUAGUGAGAGUCCAGUCCAUAGUGGAUCUAACAUAAUAGUGAGAGUUCAGUCCAUAGUGGAUCUAACAUAAUAGUGAGAGUCCAGUCCAUAGUGGAUCUAACAUAAUAGUGAGAGUCCAGUCCAUAGCGGAUCUAACAUAAUAGUGAGAGUCCAGUCCAUAGUGGAUCUAAUAUAAUAGUGAGAGUCCAGUCCAUAGUGGAUCUAACAUAAUAGUGUGAGAGUCCAGUCCAUAGUGGAUCUAACAUAAUAGUGAGAGUCCAGUCCACAGUGGAUCUAACAUAAUAGUGAGAGUCCAGUCCAUAGUGGAUCUAACUUAAUAGUGAGAGUCCAGUCCAUAGUGGAUCUAACAUAAUAGUGUGAGAGUCCAGUCCAUAGUGGAUCUAACAUAAUAGUGUGAGAGUCCAGUCCAUAGUGGAUCUAACAUAAUAGUGAGAGUCCAGUCCAUAGUGGAUCUAACAUAAUAGUGAGAGUCCAGUCCAUAGUGGAUCUAACAUAAUAGUGAGAGUCCAGUCCAUAGGGGAGCUAACAUAAUAGUGAGAGUCCAGUCCAUAGUGGAUCUAACAAAAUAGGGUGAGAGUCCAGUCCAUAGUGGAUCUAACAUAAUAGUGAGAGUGUAGUGCAUUGUGGAUCUAACAUAAUAGUGUGAGAGUCCAGUCCAUAGUGGAUCUAACAUAAUAGUGAGAGUCUAGUCCAUAGUGGAUCUAACUUAAUAGUGAGAGUCCACUCUCUAGCGGAUCUAACGUAAUAGUGAGAGUCCAGUCCAUAGUGGAUCUAACAUAAUAGUGUGAGUCCAGUCCAUAGUGGAUCUAACAUAAUAGUGAGAGUCCAGUCCAUAGUGGAUCUAACAUAAAAGUGAGAGUCCAGUCCAUAGUGGAUCUAACAUAAUAGUGACAGUCCAGUCCACAGUGGAGCUAACAUAAUAGUGAGAGUCCAGUCCAUAGUGGAUCCAACAUAAUAGCUAUUGUUGUUUAUAAAGGUAGAAUAUUAAUAACAUUUUGUUUGUAAGUAAAACACUAUGCUUGUUUUUUUUGGGUUAGUGACAUUUUUCAAAGUUAAACCCAAGUAAAUUGCACCAAGUCAUCUCAGUUCAGUAGAUUUGAAAACGUUCAAUAUUUUUUGUCCCAUUUUAGUCAUGUAUGUUGCAGUCAUGCGAGAAUGGAAGAUAUCACAGCAAACAACUUUAGUGGACUUUUUACAUUGAUUUUUUUAUUUCAAAUCAUUUUUUUAUCCAGAGCCACAUUUGUAAUAUAUUUUGUUCGCCUUACUACAAAAAUGUGUGGAACGGGUUUAAGUAUUUUAAUGCACACACCUGCAAUAACAGGUGUGUGUAACUAGUUUGCAACAGAUGCGCAAAGUACCUGUUUACUUUUAUGGAUGUUUUUAUUCCCUAUAAAAGUGUCACCUUUCAAAAUAAGAGGAUCCAAAAAGGAUGUAAAAAUAUUUUCCUUGUGCCUCAGUGUUUUUCUUUUUGGUGUAUAGCGUACAUGUGAGUUUGUGCUCUUUUUUGCCAAACCAAAAAGGCCUAUUAUACACCACUCUCACCGUUAUGUUGGAUCCACUAUGGACUGGACUUUGCCCACAUAUGCGGUCCUCUCCAAGGUUUCUCAUAGUCACUGUCACCGACGUCCCACUGGGGUGAGUUUUUCCUUGCCCUUAUGUGGGCUCUGUACCGCGGAUGUCGUUGUGGUUUGUGCAGCCCUUAUGAGACUUAGGGCUAUAUAAAUAAACAUAGAUUGAUUGAUCACUCACAAAGAGUUUAGGAUAGGUUUUGGGCUUUCAAGGGAAAUUUUAGGGUGAAGCUAAAAGGCACUUCUCAAUUUCCAGGUGACCAUAAUUGUGUCACGACAGGUUGGACUUGAUGUUUGGUUCCUUUCCAGCACUUGGAUUUGUCAUUCAACUUCCUGUUUGUCUCCACUCCCAUUCACUGGACCUGUUAGAAAACCAGGAGACGCCCCCAGUCCCAGGUUGUUAGUCCGAAGGCCUUCUUAAGCCGGCAAUGUUGGUCAGACAAUGCUGGUUCAUUGUUUUCUGUUUAUACAUUAUUUUUAUUUCAUUAUUUUUUUAAUAUGACUUUUGCCUUAUUAAAAUGUUAUUUUACCUGCAA